GCGCGCAGAGGAGACAGUCGCGCUGCACGAGCUCAUGAUUAUAAUUUCAUAUUUCUGCACCAGAAUGAACAAUAACAGCGAGAAUGAGCCCAGCGGCCCGGGAGAAGAGGUCAGAACUCUUUUUGUUAGUGGUUUGCCGCUGGACAUAAAACCCAGAGAGCUUUAUCUGUUAUUCAGGCCUUUUCAGGGUUACGAAGGGUCCUUAAUCAAAUUUACCUCCAAACAGCCGGUGGGGUUUGUGAGUUUUGACAGUCGCUCCGAGGCGGAGGCCGCCAAGAAUGCCCUCAAUGGUGUUCGCUUUGAUCCGGAUAUUCCCCAGACUUUGCGGCUGGAGUUUGCCAAAGCCAAUACUAAGAUGGCCAAGAGUAAACUAAUAGGAAUUCCAAACCCAUCGCCAUCCAGACAGAGUCCUGGCCCGUCCUGUGUCAGUCGAGAGCCCUAUGAGCUGACCAUUCCCGCGCUGUACGCCAGCAGUCCCGAGGUGUGGCCGUCUUACUCGCUGUACCCUACUGAGCUGCCUCCGCCAGCAUACGCUUACAGUUCCUCGCUGCACGCACAGAUUCGCUGGCUGCCGAACACAGACGUGACCAAUCAGGGCUGGAAGAGCCGACAGUUCUGUUGACGUCUAUAUUCUGCAGGUGCACCGGUGACACAGACGACGUUCUCAUCUUUUCUUUCUUUCACCGUUCAUCUGCAUUUUUCUCCAAUCUGUCUUCUGGCAGAUACAGAUACAUGAAACAAGAAAAAAGAAACAAAAAGCUGCUGUGAACAACAGGACAAUCAGAACCUCCACAAGAACAGACCUCGUCCUCAUCCUCAAAUCUUCUCUUCUCUUACAUUGUGAAGUUUAUUGUAGUUGAUCUUAUGUAUGAUUUAUAAUUAUUUAAGAUGUUAUUCUUAUUGGUUCAAUCAGUAAUUACUGUAAGUUUUGAUGGGGUUGAUGCAUGAUGGCUUGCCAAAAAGAUCUCAAUAUUUACACAUUUUUAGAUAUCAAAUUGCAUAUUCUCUUUUUUAAUCAUUAUCAUCAUUAUUAUUAUUAUUCUUAAGGAGCAAAAUAAGUAUUUUUAUAAUGAAUGAAAUGAAACGUUUUCAGUGCCAUUUUAGUGUAACUUCGGUAGCACUUUAUUUUACAGUCCUGUUCCUCAUGUGCAUACUAUGUUCUUAUCAUAGUAAUUACAAUAACUAAUUAAUCACUAGAUACUAACCAUGAACCUCUUCACCCAUCUCUACCCCAAGUAGUUACCUUAUAACUUUUUUCGGUAAGUACACAGUAAGUGCACAUACCAUAAAAUAAAGUGCAGCCGUAAUUUCAAUAUGUCGUUUCUUAUAUGUACAAUUUUUUUUUGAUUGCUAUGAAUGUUUUAUUAAGCUUUCUUAAGCCUGCUUAAAUCAUUAAAAACACCU